AUGGCAGGAUCCCUUCUCUCGCCUCUGCUAUUUCUGCUGCUGUUCUUCGCCCUGGGAACUAAAGGACAAGAAGGUCAAGAUGACAGGGGUGGGGACAGGAUUAUUGAUGGUUACCCAUGUGAACAAGGCUCCCACCCGUGGCAAGUGGCCCUGCUCAACGGAAAUCAGCUCCACUGUGGUGGCGUGCUGGUGAACGAGCACUGGGUGCUCACCGCUGCUCACUGCAAGAUGAGCCAGUACAAUGUGCAGCUUGGCAGUGAUCAGAUAGGUGAUAAGAAGGCCCAGAUCAUCAAGGCCACAAAGUCAGUCCGCCACCCUGGCUAUUCCACGAAGACCCAUGCUAAUGACCUCAUGCUUGUGAGGCUAAGCAGUCCUGUCAAGAUGUCAUCAACUGUGAAGAAAGUCAACCUGCCCACCCGCUGUGAGCCCCCAGGGACCUCCUGUACCGUGUCUGGAUGGGGCACCACAACUAGCCCUAUUGCGACCUUUCCAAAGAACCUCAUGUGUUCCGAUGUGAACCUCAUCUCCUCCACGGACUGCAAGAAGGUUUACAAGGACCUCCUUGGCAAAACCAUGCUGUGUGCUGGCAUCAAGGACUCCAAGACCAACACCUGCAACGGUGACUCAGGGGGACCGUUGGUCUGCAAUGAUUCCCUGCAAGGUAUAGUGUCCUGGGGGACUUUCCCUUGUGGACAACCCAAUGAUCCGGGUGUAUACACACAAGUCUGUAAGUAUACCAACUGGAUUAAUAACACCAUAAAAAUGCGUGGUUGA